AUGGCUCUCAAACUCUAUGGUCAUUACUUUUCAAGCAAUGUGCAACGUGUCGUCGUAGUUCUAAAAGAGAAGAAUUUAGAUUUUGAGCUCCUUCCAGUCGACAUGAUGAACGGUGAGCAUAAAUCGGAAGCAUACCUUUCCAAACAACCUUUUGGUGUGAUUCCUGUAUUAGAUGAUGAUGGCUUCCUCGUUUAUGAAUCUCGUGCCAUUUGUCGAUAUUUAGAAGCAAAAUUUAAAGAUCGUGGAACACCACUCAUUCCAUCCACCGAGGAUAUCCAAGCAUUUGGAUUGUUUGAACAAGGUGCCUCCAUUGAAACCUCCUAUUUCGAUCCAACUGUUCAUGGACUUGCCAUGGAAUUGUUCUUCAAGAAAAUGUUUCAUUUGGGAGACACAGAUCCAGAACGAGUGAAAAUUCUUUCACAAAAACUCGUCACCUAUUUGGAUGCCUAUGAAAGAAUUUUGAGUAAGCAAGAAUAUAUUGGUGGUAAUGCAUUGACUUUGGCAGAUUUAUUUCACUUGCCAGUUGGGAGAAGUUUAUUCCAUCCUCAAGUGAAUAUGGCACAUGUGAUGAUGGAAAGACCUCAUGUGAAAGCUUGGUGGGAGAAGAUUUCCUCAAGAGAAUCAUGGAAACAAACCGUUCAGUUGGCAGAAGCUCAGAACUUUGAAUACAAGAAGUAA